CGGAGCGGGGCCGCCAUGCGCCCGGGGCCGGGGCUGCCGGGGCUGCCGGUGCUGCCGGUGGUGCUGGCGCUUCUGGCGGCGGCGGCGCGGCCGGGCAGCUGCGAGGAGGCGAUCCAGUGCCCGCCGUGCUCGGAGGAGCGGCUGGCGCGGUGCAAGGCUCCGCAGGGCUGCGCGGAGCUGGUGCGGGAGCCGGGCUGCGGGUGCUGCGCGACCUGCGCGCUGCCCCGCGGCACCGCCUGCGGCGUCUACACCGCGCGCUGCGGUGCGGGGCUGCGCUGCUACCCCCCCCGCGGCGAGCCCCGGCCCCUCCGCACCCUCAUGCACGGCCAGGGCAUCUGCACAGACCUGGCCGACGUCGAGGCCAUCCAGGAGAGCCUCCAGCCCCCAGAGAAGGAGGAGAUUGACCACCCCAACAACAGCUUCAGCCCCUGCAGCAUCCAUGACCGCAAGUGCCUGCAGAAGCAGCAGGCCAAGAGGGUCAACAACGGCAACAAGAUGCGCAGCAGCGGGAGCCCUCACCACCGCGAGGACACGCGCGUCAUGGCACAGGGCUCGUGCCAGAGCGAGCUGCACCGGGCGCUGGAGAGGCUGGCGGCCUCGCAGACCCGGACGCACGAGGACCUCUAUGUCAUCCCCAUCCCCAACUGCGACCGCAACGGCAACUUCCACCCCAAGCAGUGUCACCCGGCGCUGGACGGGCAGCGGGGCAAGUGCUGGUGUGUGGACCGCAAGACGGGGGUGAAGCUGCCGGGCUUCCUGGAGCUGAAGGGGGACUUGGACUGUCACCAGCUGGCCGACAGCAUGUGAGCGUGACCGCGGUGGCCCCGCGCCAUGCAGGGCCAGGACCCCCGCCGGGGCUGCCUGGGAGAGAAGGAGAGGGGACGUGACUGCUGAGCAGUGCCGGGGGAGCCCGGGAUGCGCCUGGGAUCGCGCCGCGCUCCGUGCCCGCGGCACCGCCAUGACCACUAUCAGCCACCGCCAGGGACCGCGGCGAGCACCGGCCGCGCCUCCACCCCGCACGGACACGGCUUGGAUGAUGCUGCCCCGGGCAUGGGGUCGGGCUGCCUGGGUGGAGUGGGUGGGGGGCACCCUUGAUGCUGCUGCUGCUGCUGCUGCCCCGUGGUACCCCCGGUUUUCAGCCUGGCCCCGCAGGUAACCUUGGACACCUGGCAGCUCGCGGGGUGCGGUGGCAGCAUCGCAUUUGCAGCUCAGUGCCCUCCAUGCCAUACCUCUGCACGGGCAGCAGCAGAAGUGCCUCGUCCUGCCCUCCCUGGUGGCGGGAGGCUGCCCAGGCAAGGACUGGGGGACCUGGAGAGACCCCCCUGCCUGCAUCCCACCCUGAGUGUGUGUGUGUGAAGGGCAGUGUGGCUGCUCAGAGCAAUAAGAGACCUUCCCUCUCCCUGCUGCAGCCCCCCAGCCCCACAGCCCAGGACCUUCUCCCCACGGCCCAGCCCCAUCCCACUCCCUGUGCAGGGGCAAAGCCUCCCACCCAUCCUGUCUCCCCUUCCUCCCUCCUGGGGUGAGGGGGUCAGGAUCCCCAGGCAAGCAGCAUUAGGGGAAGGAGGAGGGGUGAGGGAUGCCCAGGAAAUGCAUCCCAGGGGGAAGAGCUUCUUUUGGUUUGAGUUUUUUCUUCCUUACCCAAAAUUUAGUAUUUAAAAAAUGUUGUUGGUGGGAUCUAAUAAGUGACUGUGUGGCCCCAAGGCUGGAAUUCUUCAUCCCCUGUGGUGAUGGCUCCUGUCUUCUCUUCUUGGCCAAUGUGACAAAACUGGGAUGGAUUCUGGAAUGUCUCCAUGAUGGGAUCUGCAGAUUUCACCAGCACAAUGUUCUCAGCUGAGAAAUUGUCACUGGUUUUGUACCUGGUUUUUCUUCAAGCUAGGAUGGAAAUUUUUCACAUAAAAAUGCCAUGGAAAGUGUGCCAAAGACAGAGGGGACUUCCCCAAUCCCCUCCUGACCCACCCUCUGGCUCCAUGGCCUCAGUGGUAGGUUUUGGUUUUCCAUGUGGAUUUGUCCUUUCCAAGGCCCCCCAAUGGGAACGAAGCAUUUCAGUUUUAGUGAAACACCCUCUGCCCUCCUGAUCCCUGCCUGCCCUGGGCCCUGCCAGAUCCCUGCCUGCCCUGGCUGCCCGUGGCCCUGCUCACACACAAAUUCUAAACUGAGUCCAUUUACCAGGACAGUCCUCGGGGGGGAGGGGGGUCCCUGUCCCUGCCACCCCUCAGAGCCCCUGCACCAAGGAAGGGAUUCCCGGUGCCAGUCCCGGUGCCAGUCCCGGUGCCAGUCCCCUGGGGCAGCACCACAGCAGGACACAGAGCGGCGGCAGCGCCAGCCUGGCGGCCUCGGCCGCUCCCCGUCUACAGCAGGGCGUGUCCAGCAGGGCCUUUCCUGGUCUGGGGGCUCCUGACAAUGCCGAUGCCCCAGGGCACAUUCUGUGUCCCGCUCCGAGGGCUCCAGCGACUCGUAGCGUCUCUCCUGUAGUUUAGGGCUGUAUUUACACACCACCAUGUACCAGUGUCCCCCACCCACAGCGUGUCCCCUGGAGCCCAAGGGGUCCCUGUCCGUCCCUCCCGGGCCAAGCCCGUCCCAUCAGAUUCCCGUGUAGCACCGACCUUUUACAGUACACUUGAACCUUUGUAUCCUCAAAAAAGGUAAUUACUGUAUUUAAUUUCCCGUUA